AUGGAGCCCUCGAGGCGGUCCCUGGCCGCCCCGUGGCCCAUGGGCUUCCGGGGCCACGGCGCGGACGUGUCCCUCUUCAGCUUCGGCUACAUCAAGACGUUGUCGGCCCUGGGCGGCGGUGUCGCCUGGGUCCAGAAUGCUUCCCUGCGGCAGAGGAUGCAGCAGCUGCAGCAGGGCUGGCCCGUGCGCAGCCGCGCGCAGCGGCUGUGGACGGUGCUCCGGGCCUUCGUCUUCAAGGCCUUUCUGACCCCUUGCCUCUACGGCUUCUUGGAGUCUUUGGUCACCACCUUGGGCUUCGACUUUGAUCGCGUCAUCGUGGCGUGGACGCGUGGCUUCACCAAGUUGGAGUACAUCCGCCAGCGGCCAUCGGUGCCUUUGUUGGAAACGCUCCUUUGGCGCCUGCAGUCACAGCACAAGGCGGCCUUCGAGGACUCCUCGCUGCAGAGCUCCGUGGCGCGGCGCCGGGGCCUGGCGAAGCAGAUGCUGGCGGCGGGCCUGGGGGCGGAGGUGGUGUCGCUCGGGGAUGGUGCCAACAGCUGGUGGCUGCUGCCCAUCCUAUGUGACAACCCUCGGCAGGUGGCGCAGGAGCUGCUGAUGCGCGGCUUCGACGCCACUAGCACUUCCACGCAGCUGCAGCGGGUGCAGAGCCUCGCGAGCUCUGCCACGCGGUCAGCUGCUCUCCGGGCGUCGGAUGGGGAGGACUUCAUGAACCGCGUGGUUUACCUUCCGCUGGACCCGGACCUGGCGCCGUCCGCGGCGCGGCAGCUGGCAGAGGCCGUCAAGGAUGCACUGCAAAGCAGUGAUGCACCCGCACGGGGUCGCCCAGCCUCAGGCCGGCGCGUGCUCGUCACCUUGCUGGGUGGGGCGCUGGUGGCUUGGCCGUCGCUCAUCUCUUGGCUGCCCUCCCUUUGGCUGAUCUGGUCCUUGCUGCUGCUGGCGCUGCUGCUGCUCUUCCUCGCCGCGAAGGUGGCGCAGUGCCUGGCCGGCGACCCCGACUUGCGCAUGGACCCCAAGCUUCUCCAGGCCAUGUCAGCGCUCCCCAAAGUGGAGGGCGUGGCAUUUUGCCGCGAGCGGCCCUUGAAGCUGCGGCUGGAGGGCGCGGUGCUUCUGACUGGGGCCACGGGCUUCGUGGGCGGGGGCAUCCUCUUCAACUUGUUGGCGCGCGCGGAGGAGCUGGGCAUCACGAGGCUGGUGCUCCUCGUGCGGCAGCGGCGCGGCCAGACGCUGGAGGACCGCAUCCGACAGCUGCGCGACGGGGAGAUGUUCCGGGAGCUGCGGGAGACCUUUGACAAGGUUGUGGUGGGUCUCGAGGGCGACGUAUCGCUUCGCAACUUCGGCUGGACGGAAGACAAGACCUGGCCGCAGAAGGAGCCGCUGACAGCGGUGCUGCACUGCGCAGGAGACGUUCGCUUCCAGCAGCCCAUGCAGAAGGCGGCGGUGUCCUUGAUUUCUGCCACUCUGCAGAUGCAACAGCUGGCAUCCAAGUGGAAAGCAAAACGCUUUCUGUUUGUGUCCACAGCCUUUGUGCACGCACAGCCCAGCAGCGAAGCCCUGGAGGAGAAGCUGGUGGAGUUGCGGGACUUUGAUCCCAUGGAACUCUACAGGGACGCCAUGUCGCACGGCAGCUGGGCAAAGACCGCCAUGCACGAGCUGGGCUUUCCGAACACCUACACCUUUGCCAAGGCCAUUGCCGAGCAUUUGGUGAUUCGAGCCUGCGACGCUGAAGCAUUGGACGUGAAGAUUGUGCGGCCCUCGAUUGUGGGUCCUGCUUGGGCCUUCCCGUACACGGGCUGGGCCGGGGAGAAGCCCUCCACCAUCGUGGGCGCCGGGGCCUUGUUGGCGCGCCGCGGGGUCCGGGUCUUCCGCGACGGCUUCGACCACCCCUGCCCCGUGGUGCCGGUGGAUCUGGUGGCGGAGCUGGCGGUCAAGGGCCUCGCAGGUGGCGGGGACAGCCGGAUCCUUCACGCCUGCCUGGAUGCCGCGGAUGCCGACAAGAUGCCCUCCUUCAGGUUCUUCACCAAGCGCUUCUACCAGCUCUUGGCGAUCAAGGGCUUCAUGUCCUUGCCAGAGCUGGGCUUCAACAUGAAGCUGUUGAGAUGGUGCUGCGAAAGCGCCACCGUUUUCUACCACGUGCACGCAUUGCUGAACGUACUUCCCAUGCAGAUCUUGGACUUUGUCCGCAUCUUCUUGGAGAAAGCUCUCGCGAUUUUUGGCCAAAGUCUGAGCAGACGAUUUUCCAGCACGGUGCGCAUUCUGGCGUCCUGCUCCACCUUGCCGAUGCAGUACCAUCCCUUUUCCUCCCCGAGCACGUGUUGGCGCUUUCGCUCCUCCCUGCGGCUGCCAGAAGGCUGGGGCCUCUACGAGUAUCUUUUCAUCUGCUGCACCGCGGGCUACGCCUUUGCAGAGAACCCUCUGAAGGGCCCUGGCCGUCACCAGGCCAAGCGAUUCACGGAGAUCCGGGUCUUUUCGCACGAGAGCGCCUUAUCAGAUGCCUUCUCCGCAUUUGUGCAUCCCCAGGUGUCCCUCUUCUACGCCUUCGCGGCCUUCGUGGUGCGCCUGGCCCUGGGCUGGCAGCGCCUGACCGUCUCCGUGCAGGGCGCCUCCCUGGCGGUGCUCACGGACCUGGAGGCCCCGCUGGUGCUCUGCCCCCAGCACCGCUCCAUCCUGGACUUUGUGCUCAUCGGCCUGGUGUGCUUCCAGUUCCAGCCCCUGCUGCCGAUUCAGCUGCCGCAGGUGGCGGCCGACGCCGAGUUCUCGAACUUGCCGCUGCUCGGCUGGGCCUUGGGGGGCCUUGGCGCCUUCUUCGUGCGCCGCGGCGGCGGCGCCGUGCAGCCGGAUCCGGCCCUGCGCGCCAAGGUGGGCCGCUUCCUGCAGAGCGGAAGGCCCUUGGAGGUCUUCCUGGAGGGCCUCCGCAGCCGGGGCCGGCGCCAGCUCCGGCUGCGCACGGGCCUGCUGAAGGCAUUGCGGGACAUCUCGCAGCGAACAGUGCAGCUGGUACCCCUGGCUCUGUCUUACGAGCUGCUGCCUGAAGACGAGAGCCUCUACAAGGAGAUGUGCGGUCAGCCCCGGGACCCCCUCUCCACCUUGGGCCUGCUCUGGUGGGUGCUGCGCGGCCUGCGCGGAGAGCUGCCGGCGCUGGGAGAGGCCCACCUGAGCUUCGGCAGCGCCCAGAAGCUGGAGGCCUCCUCGGAUCUGGACACCUUGGUGAGCGAGGUGCAGCGCCAGCUGGUGGAUCUCACCUCGGUGACGACGCUGCACUGCCAGGCGCUGGCGGAGACCUUGGAGCUGCCGUUGCCCAAGGUGCUCGAGGCCAUGGAGGCGUCGCAGCUGCCCGUGAGGCCCUCGCGCCUGGCCGUGCCGCCUUCGCCGCUGCCCGAGGCGGCGCGCUGGGCCUUGGCGCUGCAGGCGGCGACGCUGCCGCCGCUGCGGCGGCGCCUGCCGCGGGCCUGGGGCCGAUGGCUGGUGGAGGGACUCAGCGAAGAGGAGCCAGGCGGCGCUCCGCCGGCGUCGCUGGCGGAGCUCUGCGGGGCCUUCUGCGCCCAGCUGCAGACCGCGGAGGCCGCGGCGCGGCUCUGCAGCGAGGCGCUGCGGCGCAGCGGCGUGCAGGAGGUCACCGAGGAGCACCUGCUGCAGGAGCUGCUGAGCCAAGACACGGCCGUCCCCCCGCCCUUGGCGCGGGGCGCCGCCUGCGUGGUGGCGGCGAAAGGCUUCGGCGCCUUCGGCGGCGUGGCGAAGGGCAAGCCACGACAGCCCAGCGCUGUCACGCUGCUGUGGCCAGCACAGGAGGCGGAGCUGAAGGACGAGGAGUGCCUGGACCGCUGGGGCUUCAAAGACACCAAGUUCGUGGCACAGUACGUGGACGGCCGCCCCGCCGCGCAGAUCACCUCGCAGAGGUACAAGGCCUUGGGCCGGCAGCCGCUCUUCCAGCUCUGGGAGCUCUUCCAGCGCCAGCUCUGCGUGCCGCUGAACGUGCGGGACGUGCUGCCAGAGCGACCGCUGUUCGAGCUGCCGCAGGUCCCCACGGCGCUGCGAGAAGCGCUGGAGGCCGCGCUGCCCGCGGAGCGCCUGCGCCUGGACAGCUUCGCGCGGAUCCGCGCGGGCGCCGGGCAUGGCCUGGCGGAUGUCUGGCGGCUCCGCAGCAGAGAGCCGGGGCGGUUCUUCGACGCGGUGGUGCGCCCCGAGAGCGAGGCGGAGGUGGAAGCGCUGCUGCAGGCCGCUGCUCGUGGCGAUGGCUUCGGGGUCAUCCCGGUGGGUGGACGCACCAACGUGACCUCCGCCACCAAGUGCCCGCCUUUCGAGGUGGACCCCAGACCAAUGGUGGCUUUGGACAUGCGUGGGCUCUCCCGUGUGCUCUGGGUGAACGCGGAAGAUGGGGUGGCCAUGAUUGAGGCAGGAAUUACUGGCGUGGAGCUGAAGAAGGCCCUAGAGCUCUUCAGUGUCACUAUGGGCAUGGAACCAGAUUCCAUGGAGCUGUCCACCUUGGGAGGAUGGAUCGCAACAAGAGCCAGCGGGAUGAAGCGGGCGCGGUACGGCAACAUCGAAGAUAUGGUGCUGGAGGUUCGACUGGCGACUCCUGGUGGGACCAUUUGGCAACGCCAUGGGGACCCAGCCCAGGCAGAGACCUCCAUUGGCCGUGCCAGCACCAACCUGGCUCUGCCGGGCCUAGUGCUGGGCAGUGAGGGGUGCCUGGGGGUGGUCACGGCGGCGGUGGUGCGGGUCAGGCCUUUGCCGCAGGUGGUGGAAUACCAAAGCGUGCUCUUCCCAGACUGGGACCGGGGAGCCACCUGGAUGCGCGAGGUGGCGCGGCUGCCCGCGUGCCUGCGCCCGGCCUCCUGCAGGCUCAUGGACCAGAAUCAGCUUCAGCUGGCGCAGGCGCUGAAGCAAGGCUCCGCCCAAAACAGCGCGCUGGCGAAUUUCCGCGCCAGCCUGCGUGAUGCCUUCCUCUCCUGGAAGGGCGUGUCCUUGUCGGAGGCUGCUGCCGUAACUCUGGUCUUUGAGGGCAGCCGCCCAGAGGUGAAACUGCAAAAGCAGGAGGUCGCCAGACUCGUCUCCAACUUCGGCGGCCUCUGGGGCGGCAGCGCCUCGGGCGCCGCGGGCUACGCCCUGACCUUCGCCAUCGCCUACCUGAGGGACUUCGGCUUGGAUUUCCGCAUCCUCUCGGAGUCCCUGGAGACGAUGGUCCCCUGGUCUCGCAUCAGCGAGGUUUGGCCCGCCGUUCAGGCGGCGGUGCGCGAGCGGCACAAAGAGCUGCGGUUGCCGGGGAAGCCUUUCAUGUCCUGCCGCAUGACGCAGCUCUACGACGAAGGUACCUGGCCAUCAGUACCAUGGGCCUCGAGCCAAAGCUCGCGCUCGAGGCCUUUGAGAAUUUGGAGCACGCCGCCAGAUGUGCGGUGCUGAACGGUGGCGGCUGCCUGAGCCACCACCACGGCGUGGGGAAGCUCAGAGCACAGCUUCUGCCCGAGACCCAGAGCCCGCUGCUCAGCCAAGCGCUGAGAGACCUGAAGGCGGCCUUGGAUCCCUCGAACGUCCUGGCGGCGAGAAAUGGCACCUGGGCGGAAAGCGCCGACGCUGACGGCGCCGAGGACGACUUGCACAGCAUUGAAAGCGAAGCGUGCGAGUCGGUCGAGU